AUGUCCACAUCCCUCGCCGGUCGAGGCUUGCGCGCCGCCACUCGAGGCUGGUCCGCGCGCACCAUCGCCGCCCCCACGCUCGUGGCCUCGCGCUCGCUCAUCGUCCCGUCGCGCCCCGUCUAUGCAGACCAGAGCUCCUCCUCCGCCGCCGCCGCCCCUGGCCAACAGCAGCAGCCCAGCUCGGACGGUACACAGCCCAAGCAGAGCCUGCUCAAGUCGCUGCUGCACGGCUCGGACAAGGCCAAGGCCGAGGGCGUCACGACGCAGUCGCACUCGAUGCAAGUCGCACGCGGCAAGUACAUCCACGAGAUCCAGCGCCAGUCGGUGCUGCCCGGCCACGCAGACGCCUACCGUGCGCUCAUCGCCGACUUUGCACCCAAGCUCGCCGCCAAGGGCCUGCCCAUGCGCCUCACCGGCUCGUGGGAGGUCGUCGUCGGUGACCUCGAGACGUUCUACCACAUCUGGGAGUACGACGGCUAUGCCGGAUACGACAAGGCCGAGGCGGCGCUCAGACAAGACGCAGACUUUGAGCAGUUCACAAAGCAGCUGCGCCCGCUGCUCAGCAACCGAUCCAACUGGCUCACCCAGGAGUUCAGCUUCUGGCCCUCGUCGCCCCCGCGCACCACCAACGGCCUGUACGAGCUCAGGACGUACCACCUCAAGCCCGGCCAUCUGCUCGAGUGGGAGCAGCACUGGAGGCGCGGCCUCGAGGCGCGUCGCAAGUUCGUAGAGCCCAUCGGCGCCUGGUUCACCCAGAUCGGAGGACUCCACACCGUCUUCCACAUCUGGGAGUAUCCCUCGCUCGAAGAGCGCAAACGCACCAGAGACCAGGCAUGGCAGGUUGAGACCUGGAACGACACCGUCUCCCAGACCGUCAAACUCAUCGACAAGAUGCAUGCUCAGAUCAUGCGUCCACUCCCCUUCAGCCCGCUCAAGUAA